AUGGUCCUCCAGUGGAAUCCUGAAACAAAGGACACGAUUCUGAAGGUAUUGGGAGUAGCUAUUGCCUCUGUGUUGAGCCUGGUUUCCCUUCUCCAGGGCUCUUCUUCUGCAGAAGAUCACCAGAUUUUAACAGAUCUGGCAUAUUUUCAUGCAGAAGAAGUAUUAUCUGGUCACUUGCCUCUGAACUUCUAUGUACUCACAUUUGCCACAAACGUCCUUAUUGUCUGUACAGGGGCGAUCAUAGUCCUUUUGUGGUCAAUUCCUUGUAGACCACUUGUGAUCUAUACGCUGAUUACUGUUGGUAUUCUUUAUGCAUUGUUAAUGGUUAAAAUUACGCCCAAAUUCGCGGUUAGAGUUUUGGGCCAUGAAGUUUCAAGUUACGUUCUUGUAUGGUCAUUGGCUCUGACCUUCAUUUUCUCUACCUUUAUGGCGUACCAUUCUUUGAUAUAUGCUUGUUUGGGUCUCUCCAAACUCGGUACUUGGCUAUUUGCAAAACUGAAGCUAUACUCUGCCUGGUUUAUAAAUUAA